AUGCCACUUCGUCGCUCGACGCGUACCAGUGCGUCGGUCGAGCCCCAACCCCGACCAGAAUCAAACUCAAAUCCUGGAAAACGUAAGAGAUCCUCGCAAUCUCUGGCCGUCGAUGUCGUUAUCGAGAAAGAAAAUGUUGAGAAACCCCGGUCGUCUACGAGACCCCGGAGGAGCACUUCAGCACGGUCCAGCGCUGUACCAGCCCCGCGUUCCAGAACCUCUACGCGCAACACAUCCACACUUGAAGAAGUUUUGGAGACAGGAGAUGAAGAAGAUAGGGAGGCCCCGCCGAUGAAGAAGAAACGACCGUCCAAUGAGAGCCAGUUGGGGAGUGAUGUUGACGGUGGGGAUGAGGAAAAUGAAGACGAGGAAUACGAGGAGAAGAAGCCGAAGGGUAGGAAAACUACAAGGAAGGCCAGUGGAACCACGACACGACCCACACGUGGCUCAACACGCUCAAGAGUCGCCAAAAAAGCUACGCCGGAGGUGGAAGUCGAUGAAUCAGAAUCCGGUGGAGAACCUGAACUCGUGUCCAAAGCUUCAGAGGCCAUGGAUGAUGAUAAAGAAGACACAGCGCCAGUCCGGAGGCCUCGACAGGGAGUCCUAGCGAAGAAAUCUGGUAGAUCGAAGACUGCGAAAGUUGCUACUUCGGAAAAAGAACCAGAAGUUAUGGAAGAGGAAGAGGAAGAAAAAUCUCUAUUCGAUCCUCUACCACCCGCUUCCGUUCCUGUGGCUCAGCCUCAGACGACCGUCGCACCAGAACCCGAGGGGCCGAAAGCUCGGCUAGUCAUCCACAAGUUGGUUUUGGUCAACUUCAAGAGCUAUGGGGGGAGACAGGAAAUUGGGCCGUUCCAUAAAUCAUUUUCAUCCAUCGUGGGCCCCAAUGGUUCCGGAAAAUCGAACACUAUCGAUGCUUUACUCUUCGUCUUUGGCUAUCGAGCAACGAAGAUGAGACAAGGAAAACUCGGUGAAUUGAUUCACAACUCAGCAAGAUAUCCCGACUUGCAAGAGUGUAGAGUUGAAAUCUAUUUCCGUGAAAUCACUGAUUUGCCUGGUCCAGACGAAUUCGAGAUUGUACCAGGAUCGGAGCUUGUCGUUGCGCGGCACGCGUACAAGAACAAUACCAGUAAAUACACGAUCAACGGAAGGCAGAGUUCGUUUACCGAGGUUCAAACUAUGUUGAAAGGAAGGGGGAUCGAUUUAGACCACAAACGUUUCUUAAUUCUCCAGGGCGAGGUUGAAUCCAUUGCCCUCAUGAAACCCAAAGCAACCUCUGAACAUGAUGAAGGUCUUUUGGAGUACCUUGAGGACAUUAUUGGGACCGCGCACUUCAAAGAACCCAUACAAGAAGCAAUGGAUGAGUUGGAGCGAUUGAAUGACUCGCGGCAGGAGAAGCUGACACGGCUGAGAUUGGUAGAGAAGGAGAAAGAUUCUCUGGAAGCCAAACGUAAGGAGGCCAUUGAAUUCCAGAAUCUGUGGAACGAGUGUGUAAAGAAGAAGAGCAUCUUGUAUCAGAUAUACGUUGGUCAAGCGUUGUCAUCGGCGGUGAAACUUGAAGCUCAGCUGGAGGAAUUAGGGGAGGAACUUGAGCAGGAAAUGGCCAAGAAUAAGGAUGAUGUAAAUCAUCUGGUGCUGCUGGAGAAACAUUACAGGGAUAGGGAAACAGCUUACAAGGAACUUCAAAAAGCUGCGACUGCAGCUCAGAAAGAUUUAGCAGAGCAGGAGAAGAAGGAAGUGGGCGUCAACGAACGUAAGAAACACGCCGAGGGGAAGGUGAAGAAGCACAGCAAACUAGUGAUGGAGGAAAACAAUUCUCUCCGGUCUGCAAAGCAGACCAUUGAAGAUAGUACUCUGAGGAUCGAGAAGGGAAAGGACAAGCUGCAAGAACACGAGGAGUCUUUGGUCAAAGAGGAGAAAGCGUUGGCAAAGAUUCAGGACUCACUCAAAGAUAAGACUAAAGUCUACUACGACCAAAAGGAAGUCUUGCAACGUGAACUGCAACCUUGGAAUACCAAGAUCAAUGCUACGCAAUCUGAGUUCGACAUCGCCACGAGUGAAAGGGACGCGAUUGUUAGCAAGGCAGAGCAGGCUAAGCAAGCCCAGGAAGAAGCGGACAUGAGGUUGGAGACUCUGAAAAGUGAGAUGGAACAGAAGGUUGAAAGGCAGGCACAGCUUAAGGCGCAGAAAGUAGGGCUGGAUAGAGACAAGGAGGUUUUAGCUAAGAAAAUCCAGGAUACACAAGAGGACGUAGGGAAGUGUAACCGUAAAGUUGCGUCGUCAAACGCGAAAGUUUCGGAAGCCAAAGCUUCGCAAGCGGAAAACAGAUCGCAGAAUCGAGUGUUGACUGGUUUAAAUGGGCUCAGAGAUUCGGGUAGGCUUCAAGGAUUUUAUGGUCGCCUCGGAAGCCUUGGGACCAUACCAGACCAAUACGACGUUGCAAUUUCUACUGCUUGCCCCCAGCUACAUCACAUGGUCGUUGACACAGUCGAACAGGCGCAACAAGGCAUUGAGUACCUUCGCACAAACAAUAUCGGUCGAGCGUCCUUUAUGGUCCUUGAUAAAUGUCAAUAUCGACCUGAAGCCAUGCAGCCAAAACCGACUCCGGAAAACGUCCCAAGGCUUUUCGACCUGAUCGCAAUAAAGGACGACAAGUUCCGCCCAGCGUUCUAUAAGGCACUUGCGGACACCUUGGUUGCACAAGAUGUGGCGCAAGCGAAUCGUAUUGCUUUUGGUGAAAAGCGAUGGCGCGUUGUCACCUUGACAGGACAAUUAAUCGACCUCUCUGGGACUAUGUCUGGCGGUGGAAGAAAUCAAGCUAGGGGAGCCAUGAGUUCCAAGUUUUCUGCGGAAGCAGUCAGACCGGAUGUGAUGAGAAAACUGGAGAAAGAGAGUCAGGAUGCUGAGGUCGAGCUACAGGAGAAGAUGACCGAGCUGAAGAGUGCCCAAGACCAACUUAGUGCGGCCAACAAGAAGGUGCCUGAGAUUGAGAUGGAGUACGUGAAACUGGGAAUGGAGAUUCAAACAGGGAAAACGAGGGUCACAGAAGCGGAAAUGACAGCAGCGGCAUUAAAGAAGCAAAACAAGCUUGAUGCGUCAGCAACCGCUCGUAUUGCAGAGUUGGAGAAGUCGAUAAAAAAGGCCAAAGCAGAGUUGGACCACCUCACUGAAAAAGCCAAAAAGAUCAACGCGGAACUCAACAAGAUCGAUGAAAAGAUUCUCGAAAUUGGGGGUUCUAACCUUAUGGCGCAGAAAUCGAAAGUUGAUGGCCUGAAGAAUUAUAUAGACCUCACGAACGACGCGAUCACCAAGGCUGAAGUUGACAAAUCGAAAGCCGAGAAGGACGUCGUUAAAUAUGCCGCAUCAGUCGCGACGAACCAGGCAUUGCUGCAAGAUGCUGAAAAGGAGUCGAAAGAGCUCAAUAAGGAAGCAAAACAAGUAGCGGAGUAUAUGAUUGGGCUAAGGGCCAAGGUGGAAGCUGCCAAUGAUGCAGAAGAACGCUCAAAAGAUGAUCUCGACCAGCUCUGGGAACAGCUCGAGCUGAAGAAGGAAGAAGUGCAGAAGUUCAGGCAGAAGGAGGCCAAGAUUCAAUCUCAGAUAAACGAUACUGAGAAAGAAUACACCGAAAACGAGGGCAAGAUCGGUCAUUGGCAGGCCGAACAUGAUAAAUUGAGAUUGGAAGAGAUAGAUGACGACGACGACGACGUUGAUGAGGGCGAUGACGAUGAAGCUAGUGAGGAUAGCGUUAAGGAAGGCAAGGGAGACAAUCAGGUGGACCAAAUGGACGUCGAUGAUGGUGACGAAGGCAUCAAAGCCGAACCAGAUGCUCCUACGAGGAAGAACAAGGGUCCCGACGACGUGACCAAGCCACCAGAGCUGUCUGAGGAAGAACUCAAGAAGUUCAAAAAACGAGAUUUGAUGGUUGAUAUCGAGUAUCUAGAAGAUAAAGUGAAGCGUGCAAGGCCCAACUUGAACGUCCUCGACGAAUACAGGAAGAGAAUGGAUGAAGUAUUCAGCCGACAUAACGAGGUCGAGAAAGUGACCAAGGAACGGGAUGAAAAGAAGAAACAGUACGACGACCUUAGAAAACAACGUCUCGAGGAGUUCAUGGCGGGAUUCAGCGCGAUCUCUUUGAAACUGAAAGAGAUGUAUCAGAUGAUCACUAUGGGUGGGAAUGCUGAACUGGAGUUAGUCGACAGCAUGGAUCCUUUCUCCGAGGGUAUCAUUUUCAGUGUCAUGCCGCCGAAGAAGAGCUGGAAGAACAUAUCCAAUUUGUCGGGCGGUGAAAAGACACUGAGCUCCCUUGCUCUCGUCUUUGCCCUCCAUGUUUUCAAGCCCACGCCUCUAUAUUUCAUGGACGAGAUUGAUGCUGCCUUGGACUUCCGCAACGUUUCGAUCGUCGCAAACUAUAUCAAGGACAGGACGAAGAACGCUCAGUUCAUUAUCAUUUCCCUUCGUAACGAUAUGUUUGAGCUCAGUCAGAGGUUGAUUGGUAUUUAUAAGACUGCUAACGUAACCCAAAGUAUAUCUAUUGACAAUCAUGCUUUGGCCGCACGGCCAGUAGCCGCCGUUCCGUCAUAA